UGACGUCAGAGAGGGGGCGAGCCUUUUCGUGUGUAGCCCGAUCGGGGCAUCAAGCUAGAAUCUCCUUCAGGGUUUCACGGUAGGAAAGUACUGGUCGGUCACGGCCUCCUGUCGUGUGGUGGAGGGAGUCAUGGCGGCUCCGUUGGCGCAGUUCGAUGAAGACUGGCAGGAUUUCUACGAAUUCCAGCCAGUCUCGGGGCCGCAGAUGCGACUGGACCACGACAACUUGAAUGUCGAGGAGGUUCAGAGCCUUUCAGAGGAUUUUACCGACUUUGACAAAGGUUCAUCUGGGGAGAUAGGCAACUUCAAGUCUAUGGAGGACCUUGUAAGCGAUUUCGACAAGAAGCUUGCAGUAUGUUUCCAGAACUAUAACAACAAACCCGAGAACAUUGCCCCUGUGAAACCCAUAACGGAAGAUGAUUUUCUGAAGAACGACGAAAUCUGGAACGCUUUGACUGAUAACUAUGGCAGCGUGUUGCCGGUGGACUGGAAGACAUCACACACUCGCUCCCUGCACCUCCCUGCCCUUAACCUUGUCGAAAACAGGAUGCAAGAUGAUGUGAACCUGGAUGUGUCUGAUGACGAAGAGCUGAGGGAACAGCUGGAUAUGCACUCCAUCAUCGUCUCCUGCCUCAACGAGGAGCCUCUGUUUACUGCUGAGCAGGUAAUUGAGGAAAUUGAGGAGAUGAUGCAAGAGUCGCCGGAUCCAGAAGAGGAAGAGACGCCAUCACAGUCCUGUGACCUGUCACUGCUCUCUCAGGAGAUCCAAACGUUAAAGAGUUCCAGCGCCAACAACGGCUGUGAGGAAAGGGUUAGACGGCUGUCCAUGGCAGAGCUGACGGAUUUGCUGGAGGAGGUAGAGACCUCCAUUCGGGAGUUCUCUGAGGAACUGAUCCAGCAGCUGGCUGUGCGCGAUGAGCUGGAGUUUGAGAAGGAGGUGAAGAACAGCUUCAUCUCGGUGCUGAUCCAGGUGCAGAACAAGCAGAAAGAGCACCGGGAGCUGCUGAAGAGGAAGAGGAGGCUGAGGAGCAGCGGCGGCACCCAGCAGGGCCGGCCCGAGAGAACGCACACGCCCGGGACUCGCUUCAGCAUGGAGGGACUAUCCACUGCCAUUCAAAAUGGCUUCCGCCAAACGUUCGGGAGCUCGAGCGGGGACAAACAGUACCUGACCACAGUCAUCCCCUAUGAGAAGAAAGCAGGCCCUCCUUCAGUGGAAGAUCUUCAGAUCCUCACCAAGAUACUUCAUGCUGUGAGAGAGGACAGUGAGAAGGUGCCUAGCCUCCUGACAGACUACAUCCUCAAAGUGCUGUGUCCCACAUAGUCCAGGAGGAAGAGCGGAGCUCCAGACGGCUUUUUUGGAAGAGUUUGAGCCUUCAGACCAGAGGAUAAGACUUUUCUUUGUGAAAAAACUCAGAUGAGAUUUGCCUUUUUAAACCUAGUGUUUUAUUUUCACCUUUUCCAUUUUUGUGUGUUUUAGGUGUUUUAAUCUAUUGCAAUUUUUUUUUCUUCAUUUGCAUGUCAAGCGUCCUGUAUCAAUUAUCAGUGUUCCUUUUCCAGAGAGAUUUGCUAAAUUUAGUUUAAAAUAUUUUCAUUAAAGAUAAAAAAUAUAACAUAGGUGAUUGAUAUUUAAAGAACAAAUUUGCGCACAUGUACAGUUUUUAUGCAGUUGUUUUUAGAAAGUCUACUAUUUUCUCAGCCACAAUAGUUGUCAGUCAUUAGCUUAUUGCUACUGACCCUUAUGUGACCCCUCUUCCCCUGUUAUCCUGUUUGUAAUGCUUACCCUGUUUAAUAACCAGUUAACAUAGAAUUUGCUAUGCAGCAGAGUAAACAGCCCGAAAGGUCAAAUGGUUCAGGAAGCAUGUGGAGGAAGGGAUAGUGGUAGGGUUAGUGUUGGGGUAGAGUAGUAUAAACUUGGCGUAGGCACAGGGGGUAAUGCUUGAGAUGAUGUAGAUGCUUUGGAAGGCAAUACUUUACUGGUGUUAUAGGUUAGUAGUUUGGCAGUAGUAAAGGCGUCAAGUCAUAGAAGUUCUGAGUUGUGUAAGGCAAGGGUAGUGUAGAGAUGAAAUUGAGUUGCAUAGGGCUGGGGUAAGUGUGUAGUGUAAAGUUGGUGUAGUAUACUCUAGUGCUAGUGUAGAAGCAAGGCUGGUGUUAAACCCAAGGCUCUUGAUUAGUUUUGUAAUGGGUAAAAUGCUUCUCGACUAUACUUCAUUUACUGUAAGACUUAUUGGUUGAGGACAUCACAUGAUUCUGUUGUUAGCUUUGAACAUAAAUGUACCAAUCAAGCCAGAGUUAUUUGGGUUCUGGAGAAGCAGAGUUGUCCAAAACUGUGCUGAUGAGCUACAUAUUUUCAUAGCUCUUCCACCAUUUCAUUAAAAAUGUCCCUACCCUAAUCACAGGGAAAUGUACUCCAUCUCCAUUAUAUUUGCAGAAGUAACUGCAAUACAUAUUUCAAAUUUGGUCGCAUGAAUUGUAAAUAUUUUCAACCACUCUGUGGGGGGGGGGGGGUAUUUUGCUUUCCAUUCCAAGGUUGCUUUCCAUUUCCUCUGGUAGAAAAAUGUAAUCUAAACAUAGCAUAGGAACAACAAAUCAUGAACUCUUGUAAAGAAAAUGCCUUGAAGUAUUAUUUUUAAUGAUUCUGAGACAUUCAACUUUGCAGCACAGUUCUCAGAUGUAGGACGUAACUAAUUGUCAAAAAGGGAUGAUUUAAGAAUGAACAUGAAAUGUAAGGCUAUGCCUAAUGACAAAAUCUGGCUAGUCAGUUGCGGUACUCUUGCUGUUUCCACUCUAAAUUAUGUGGAGACUUUAAUGGGUCUAUAAAUAAUGUCAGAGGGUGAGGGGAUCCAUUACUGGUCUGAGGCCAUCAAUCUGCCUUGAGAGCUGUAAUGCCAGUGCCGUGAUUUCCACCCUUAGAUUUGUUUACCAGUGUAGUAACUCGUGUUAUAGUGGUUCUGUAUCGUUGUCAGCGGACAUAUUGCCCUCGCUGACUGGCUGUAGACGAUUGGAUUGGUUUUUCUCUAGUAAAUGAAACCAGUUGACUUGUGUGUAUAUUUUUAUAUUACAACUUAUGUAGCAGGCUUCAAACUUUAAGCGUGCACAUUCCUGAAAAUAGACAGGACAAAAGGGAGUUGGCAGUUAUAGCAGUGUUCAGCAGCAAAAUAAAGUUGGUUUUUGUUAUUCCGAGUGAGGGAGUUGGCAUCCAAUAAUCCUUCGUAAAACUAAUAGAAUCCUAAUGGGCCUCACUCGGGUGUACUGGGGAUAAUUAACCUUCCUUACGAUCUGUGAAGUGGGUAGAGGUCUUUUUAUGGUCAAAUCCUGUUAAGACAUAUCAGCUGACUGACACUGCUUAGAGUCCACACUAUUAUCAAUAGAGUUAUAUUUCUGUAACAUGCAAAAAAGGCUGCCUUUAUCAAUGCCUGGAAUUUUGUACAUAGGAAAGUUACUUGUUAUUUUUAACAGAGCAUUAUUUUUUUUUCAGCUUUUUGUCAAAUAAUGUGGUACUAUUAAUUUAUUCUGUUAAGGUUCUUGUUUUGUAACCUCUUUGUCUGUGUUGGUACAAAUAUUUUGUACCAGAUAUACUUUUGAGCUCAUUUAAGAAUAAAUUCACUGAGUUUG